AUGAGGAAAAUCACUUUGAUCUCUUACAAAACAACCAUGACACAGCUACCCAAGAGAACGUCUACCCGCUCCUCCAACUUCCUUAAGCCUCCUGGUUGUCCCAAGUAUGUCUUCAUACUAGGUACAAAGAAGCCAACCAGACCAAGAAACAAGUUUAUUAUUAUGAGAACAAUUUUCCAUAAGUCCUCUUCCAAGAUCGUCAGUGCAAUAUGGAAACAUUCUCCCAACCAGUUCCAAAAAUACUUCCAACUCCUCGCUCAGUUCGAGCACAACUCCCACAACCACAACCACCUUCCUGCUGCCGCCCUCACCGACGCAGAUGCCUUUCUUCUAAUCGCCCGCCUCCUAAAAUCCCGCCAGCAGAAAAAAAAAGUGAAAAUGUUAUGUGGUCGUUUUUAG